UUAACUCGGCGGACGUAUGGAAGAACAUCCCCCAUACAAGAUUACUGGAAAUAAACCAUAAACAUCAUAAUACGAACCGGUGGCCGUCAUCAAGACAGCAGGUAAGACCACUCUAUGGUUAAGGAUUAAGUCACAGUGCAGAUCAUUCCCAACUGAAGACAUGGACACUAAUGGCAACCAACAUUACCUGUAUACUAAUUCUGCGUCUGUAACGUCCACAAAUGGUCAUGACCACAGCAAACAUGUAGCCAUUGACAAUCUUGAUCUUCCCCUGAAAUGCCGUAUUUGUGGUGACAAGGCGUCUGGAUUCCAUUACGGGGUCCACUCAUGUGAAGGAUGCAAGGGUUUCUUCCGUCGCACGCAUCGUAUGAAAUUACAGUACAAACCGUGUCCGUACUCCAAGUCCAAGCCGUGUAAAAUCAGCUUGUCAACGAGGAACAAGUGCCAGUACUGUCGCUUCCAGAAGUGCAUCGCAGUUGGCAUGUCACAUGAUGCCUCAAGGUUUGGUCGGAUGCCCCGGGAGGAGCGCAUGCGUCUCCUUGAGGAGCUUAAUCAGGAGGAGCACGAGGCAAGCGAGGGUGACAAACGAAGGGCCGAGUUACGCGAGCUGACUGAGAGAAUACACCGAGCGUACAAGGACAUCUGGGCUAUGAGUUUCCAUCCAACAUUAGAGGCAAGGACGAACAAACUGAAGGAGGAGAGACUUGGAGUUGUAGAGGAAAGAAUUGAUCCUGAUGCCAAUCCAAUGAGGGAGCUUACAGACAUCAAAGACAUUUCAGCCUUCCUACGCAGUGCCCUCCAAACGGCAAUCGAGAGCCUCGCUCAGUUUGCCAAGAAGCUCCCUGAAUUCCGAUCUCUAGAUCUGAACGACCAGGUAUCGUUACUCAAGCACGCUGGCUUUGAGAUUGCCAUGAUUGCAACGGCGUCCCGCUACAUGGCGGACGGACUGUGGUUCCCGUCAGGCGGUGUCUACUUUAAGAAACAGCUUCUGGAAGACCUCGACACAAUGUUCUUUGAGGAUAAGUUCAGAUUUUUCGAGAAGAUGAAGAAGUUAAACUUGACGGAGAGGGAACUGGCCCUGUUCUGUGUUUUAGCAUUAGCUGCUCCUGAUCGCGACGACCUAACCCAACGAGAGAAAGUGGAGAAAUUCCAAGAGGUUAUUCUGGAGGCAUUAGAAUGGGAGGUCCACCAGAACCACCAUGAUAACCCCCUGGUCCUACCCCGACUCCUGUCCCGCCUUGUUGACCUCCGACAGCUGAAGCUGGAGCAUGUCCAACAAAUUCAGCAACUCAUGCUUCUGGAUGAUCCCAGAUUCAAUGGUCCCUCACCUCUCAUGAUGGAGGUAUAUGACUUAUGAUACCCAAGUCCAAACCUUACAUGACUUGUAUUGACCCUCCAGAUGAUCACAGUUUCAAUGGUCCCUCACCUCGCAUGAUGGAGGUAUAUGACUUAAAAUACCCAAGUCCAAACCUCACAUGACUUGCAUUGACCCUCCAGAUGAUCACAGUUUCAAUGGUCCCUCACCUCUCAUGAUGGAGGUAUAUGACUUAUGAUACCCAAGUCCAAACCUCACAUGACUUGUAUUGACCAUCCAGAUAAUCACAGUUUCAAUGGUCCCUCACCUCGCAUGAUGGAGGUACCGAAGUCCAAACCUCAUGUGGCGUCAUAGAAGCCCUCCACAUGAUCCCAGAUUCAAUGGUCCCUCAUCUCUCACGAUGAAAGGUAUAUGGUUUAUUAUACCCCAGUCCAAACCUCAUGGGACUUAUACUGGCCCUAUGUGGCUGUUUAUAUUUGAAAUGAAUUGGCCUAUAUUCAGGGUUUGUUUUUCACAGUUGCUGAGGCUGAAACUUAUACUUGGUUGUGCACUUUUGGAGUUUAAUUCCCUUUGUGUUUCUGUGCACUGCACGUUAUAGGUGAAACAUGCGCAGUUACAUUGCAUAUAUGCGGCAAUAUCUUUAACUGACAAUUCACUCCUCUAAUGGCCAACAGCCGUGUUUGAUGUCGUUUCAUGGGUCAUACGCAACAAUCGUUUGUAGCUUAAAACAGUGUCCCACAUUAUCAUGGAUUUAACUGUAAUAAUUUAAACGUGACUUACCUUUUUAAAAUAUUUUGUAAAGACCACAGGGAUCAAAGUUUGUCCUGACAACUUUGUUUGUUAACUUAUCCUACGCAAUUAUUUGGACUCCCUCCUAACCCAUUUAUAUGGGUUUACAAAGGGAGUAUCAGAGACUAAACAAAUUCUUCUUUUUUUUACUGAAAAUAUUCUCAAACUGGUGUUGGGAAAACGUGUUUUUUUAAUUUCCGAAACGAACUGGUUAAGUAUAAAACCUUAUAGUCAAAGUAUUAUAUUUUGUAUAUAAAAAGUAAAUUCAACCAAACCUCCAGAGCCCAAUUUCAUGACACUGCUCACUGCAGAAUUCUGCGCUUACAGGAUGUAGAAGCACGCAUUUUAUGUGGCGCCUGUAAUCGCAGAAUUCUGUGGUAAACAGUGCCAUGAAGUUGGGCCCCAUUUUAUACCAAAGUUGUUACAUUUUUAAUUGUUUGAUGCAUGAUUUUUUAUAUACCUAAUAACUGGCAGGGAAUUAAAUUUAUAGAGUACAAUGAGUAAAUAAUGUCUUUUCUUUUUUGUUUUGCCUAGAAAAAUAGUUUAACAAUUUUUGUUUUUAUAGCAAUUUUGAAGGACAAUAUUUUCUCAGAUUUAUACAUUUAUUGGUUUAACUUAAAAUAAUAAACAUGGUUUCUCCAUGAGGAAGUUUUAAAGCAAUUUACAAGGUAUUAUUAAACAAGAGUUUUAGAAACUAUUUUGUAUAUUAUAAUAAUCAUAAUAAUAAUAAUAACAAUAAUACUUGGUCUUAUAUAGCCCUUUAUCACACCCCUAGGGGCGUA